CUUUCUUGCCAAGUUGAUAAAUUAGAGACUUAACGCCAUGCCGCUGAGGGGUCGAUCACGCCGCCAAGGUGACUUCCCACAAAAUAUGAAUACUUUCCAUGCUCGGCCAUCCGUCCCUCGCUCGUAUGACCGGAACACCCAAGAAGUAGCAGGCCAGAGAAUUAGAUCUGGUGAUAGGCCUGAUCAUCAUCCAAGCCAGACUAUCAGCCCCUCUGCACACCAGCGUCAUGAUCCUUCCAUGAAUACCAGACGUGUCAUUACCAGUGUACAUUCACGGAAUAUGAGCCCCGGCGAGCGCACAUUUUAUACUUUAUUUAGUGGGCCUGCAGAACAAGCACCGCCAGAGGAAGAAGAAGAGAUAUAUCUCUGGCGCAAAGAUUUUGAUUUCUUUGCAGAUGCAAACUCAGUAAUGCAUCAUGCAGGGGACGUCGACGACGCGAAAGCAGAAAAUCCUGAUGAUUUUAUGACUUUGGUGGCUAAUUGUUUAGGCCUUGGACGAGGUUAUCAGCUUGUUACCGAACCAGGACAUGAAAUUAUUGAAAAAGAACGAAAAAAUCGGAAACGAUGUCGUGUUCCAACUUCGUCGAGGACCCUCUCGACCACCACCCCGGAUAAUAUUCCCUUUGGCAUUCAAAAGAACCCACAAGAACCGCCUGUGUCAGAUUACGCUGGUCGUGCACACAUUCUUCACCCGGUACUGGACUCAUCCAAGAGGUCACUCGACAUUCCUAGCUCGACCUCCACACUAGCCCAAAAAAUGGUCAAGCAUCCCUCAUCAAGGUGGUUCAACGACUGUCGGCCGCAGCUUCGAUUGGAUGUGCCUGUAUGUCGGAAGAUGUUAAUAUGGGCCCGUAUGAUGCUGGUGAACCACGAAGACCGAAGUAUGCUACAAAAAUCUGAUAUCUAUCGCGGUGUACUAGCUUCACUUUAUUGUUUUCAAGCUGACCCAUCAUUGGUAGCUGCCUUCUUGACAUAUUGGAAUGUUGACGGACAUACAUUGGUUACCAGUCAAGGGGAGAUGGGAUAUCCACUACAUACCAUCUCUGAUGCGAUGGGGAUCCCUAUCUCAGGUCGUCUUUAUGAAGAAUUUAUUCCUCCUUGCUCUGACGUCCAUGGUCACUUGGAGACUCUUUAUGCUAUUUAUGCUAGCUUAUGCCCAUCAGAGCUGCAGCCAGGCCCAGGAUUAGUGAGCCUUACCGCUUGGUUAGACCACUUUUUUGAUGAUAAAGCUGAUUCUUUUGGCAGUUCUUUAUUGGAUGGCUUUGCUGACCCCAAAGAUCCGCUACUUCAGAAGCUUCGUUUCCAUGUCGCGGUUCAAGGUGACCGUCCUGCAGCCAUUCUUGGUGCCGAGACAUUAUCUUACCGAUCUAUGUAUCCUUCAACGGUUUACCGUGCUGCAUUUAUAACAGCUUGGCUAUGUACUUAUUGCAUUCCCGUCGAAGCUGGCCAAUACAUUCGUCCUGAGGUAUUUCAUAUGGCCGUUCAGAUAUCAGAAGGCGUUCGCAGAGCAAUUGAGGGUGACAUUGAUCAACCUGCUAAAGAAACAGCAGUCAUCAAAUAUUCUCUUCUCCCUGGUGAUAGUGAACAUGACCGGGAAGAUACGACCCCCGCAACUGUGUCCAGACUUGGUCAAGGAAAAAACAUUGGCAUAAUACAAGCUCGUUUGCAAGACAAGGCGUCUGCUCUAACCUCUUCACCCGAAUUACCUUUGCCAGUAGACUCAAGCCAAUCUACGCACACCAGCAAAGGGUCGCGUGCAAACACUGAUCUACUUGAUGAUACAUUAUCAGAUGGCGGUUUGGCAUGUCCUCCGGAUGAUCCAGAUUUUCUGAAUGACUUCGUCUUCACUGGAGCGCUGGAGCCCUUUACAGACUUAUUCACAGACCUCCCAAAUGAGGUCAGGGAGAUGCAGGCCUCGCAUACUCAGGUUCCAACAUCAGGCGACUUAGAACAGACUGAUAUGGUGCAUGUUUCGCAACCGGUUAGUUCGACUGGACUAAUGUCAAGCCUCGACCAGGAUGUACCCUCGACGCAACCUGGCUCGAACCAAGCUAGUGUGCGUAAGGUCAAUACUCCCAAGCGGAAAGCAUAUGACACCGACAACCUUGCCGCUUCUGAUCCUAAAAGCAAGAAAACUAGCAAAGACAAACACAGAGAUCUUGACUUGGCCGUGGAGUCUGAACAAUUAUGGAAUGAGGUUGAACAAGCCAUCAGCUUAUUUCGAGCACAGACAAGUGCCACUGAUGUCAUUGGAGAGAAGCCAAAUUAUAGCGAAUUUGAUACUCGGCAGCCUGUGCAUAUAUCUGAGCCUACAGAUGUUCCGGCACCACGCUUUAUGCAAUAUGCUCAUGGGGAUCUUGAUCGCUUCCAACGUCGUAUACGCGAACGCCCCUUCAACAAAGACAUUGUGAUCUCGGAGAUAGCCGAUACUAUGAAAUGGUGGAAGGAGUGGUUUAACCCAGCUCCGCCAAAAAUACAAAGAUUAAUAGAUGGGUUCAAUGCUCUACAUGAGACUCUCUCUGAAAAUCCAGAGCACUCCACUACCAGCAUCAUUGACAAGAGGAAGCAAGUACGUCAAAAGAUUGAUGACAUAAAAGCUUCUCAAGCCUCUGUUGCUACUGCUUGUUCUUCCAUGAUUAGUAUUACCAAAAGCCUUGAGGCGCAAAUUAAUUUGCAUGAACUAAGUCGGCAACAACAUGUAUCUCGUGCUGAGGAAUUACAAGCCCAAAUAAAGAAACUGUCUUCCCAGCUCAAAGAGACUGAGGAUGGUUUGCUUUUAGAGACACUUAUAAAAGAAGAAACUGCAACUCUUUUGACCCGACACAAUGAGCGACUGGCAAAAAUCGUGUCUUUCCAAUCAGAAUUGGAGGCCUCCUCUGUUAAAAGUCAGAGCCAACUUCAGGAUGCAGAAAAAACUAUUGCCAGCUUCACUGAUCAGGACGAGGAAGGACUUACCAACUAUGUCCACUCCCUUCUUGACUUUUUUGCGUCCUGCACCUUCAGACCAUAUGCAUGA